GUUGUUGUUAUUAUUUAUCUCAAGCACAUUUAUGUGUGUUAGUUGAUAGGUCAAAUGAACACAUUUUUCUAUUGUGGGAAUCCAAAUGAAAUUUGUUUAUUAAAUCAGAAUUAAGAAUAAAUUAUAAUGAUAACUUUGUUCCUAGUUAACUUUAAAUUCAACUAUAAUGAAUAUUUUUAAACACGUUACAAUUUGAUUAUAAUUAGAGGCAAAUCAUCAAAUAAUAAUAAUAAUAAUAACAAUAAUAAUCGAAGCAGUAUUCCUUUAAUUAAUGUCUGCGUUCUUUCUUUAUCUUCCCCGUUCUUCAUCUCCUGUCACGAUCGAUUGUCCCGUUCUUCCAUUAAAAACAAAGAACAGAAAUUCCCAGAUGCUGUGGAAUGUAGCCAUGGAGGAGCAGAUGAAGAAGGCUUCGGAACAAGGCAAGGGAAUAACGACCUUGGCAGCUUAGCUCCCCCUUUUCCCUUCACUUUGGCUGGUUCCUGUGUUGGGAAUCCAUGUCAGGGAUUGAAUGGCUGGAAAGCUCCACACCAAAUCGGUCUCCUGCUGCUGCAGCGGUCGACAAGUACUGACACUGACACUGACACCGCCUCCUGCGCCUCUUGUCUCCCUCCCCUUCUCUUCCCUUCCCUCGCUGCCUUUUUGGUUGAAGGAAGGGCCUUUUGCUUUCCGCACUGCCACUGUUACUGCUACUGCCCUCUUUGAUUUGUGUUGCCUUCCCAGCUCGAAAAGAAGGCUUCUUGAUGCGGAUUUUUUCUGAUUUCUCGGCGAAAUCUUAAUCUCUUCGAACUUUGUGGAUGGAGGAGGAAGUAAAGGAGGCGCGGGCGCCUUUGUGAGGAGGUGUGGCACUGUGAGAGAGAUAGAGAGAGAUACGAGUGGAAGCGACGAGAGAGAGAGAGGCGGAGGAAAAGGGUGAGAAGAGUUUGGUGGUGGAUUUCAUGGAUUGGGACCUCAAGAUGCCGCCUUGGAACGCUUCCGAGUCGGCGGACCGCGACGCCGGGCUCAGCAUCCGUCCCGUGGUCGCCGGCGCCGCCCGCGACUUCUCGGUCGAUCUGAAGCUCGGCGGGUUGGGCGAGUUCGGCUCCUCGGCGUCCUGCAAGCGGAAUGUUCGCCGACCUGCGGCUCCUCCCGGGUCGUCGAAGCGGCCGCGGGCUCCUCCUCUGGCCAGCGGCGGCGGUCGAGCGGCGUCGUGCUUGGUGGAGGGCUGCAGGGCGGAUCUGGGCGAGUGCCGGGAGUACCACCGGCGGCACAAGGUCUGCGAGGCCCACUCCAAGACGCCGGCGGUGGUGGUCCGCGGCCAAGAGCAGCGCUUCUGCCAACAAUGCAGCAGAUUUCAUUUGCUAGAAGAAUUUGACGAGGUAAAACGGAGCUGCAGAAAACGUCUUGACGGGCACAAUAGGCGUAGAAGGAAACCCCAGCCUGGUUCGAUGAAUCCAGGGAACUUGUUUCCAGAUCACCAUGCAGGAAUUUCUUCCUAUCGUCAAAUGUUUCCAACGUCUACAACAGAUUCCGACUGGUCUAGAAUAAUCAAAACUGAGGACGAUAUGAUCUAUUCUCCACAGUUUGUCAUCAAGCAACAGUUUUUGGAUUCAAUUUAUGGCUUUAGCAAGGAAAGAAAGCAAAUUACAUGUUUUCAGGACGAAGAGACCGCUCUUCUCUAUGGAAGCAACGGCAGCAACAAGAUGUUCAUCGAUGGGCUAGCUCAAGUCUGCGACUCUGAUUGUGCUCUCUCUCUUCUGUCAUCACCAAAUCGGACUUCCAACAUUAGCUUAAGCCAUAUGGUGCCACCAGCCGAACAGCUAGAUCAACCUCUUGCUUUGAGUUUGCAGUACAAUGGUUUCCCACACUACUCUCUCCCUCCGAUUCCCGGCCACAAUGUCACACCUCCUGAAUUUUCGUGUGCCGGAGGGAUAGAGGAGCAGAAUGCAGAUAGUGUACUAGUGUCUGAUCAGGCUAAUGGUUCCAACUGUUGUAGCAUUUUUCAUGUGGGCGAAGAAGGCUCUUCAGAAUCAGCUUGCGUAGCUCUACCGUUACAGUUCGCCUGGCCGUAG